AUGAUUUUUCUAAUGGACCUGCAGAUGAUGCUCCUGGAUGUGAUCUACUUCAUCCUGCGUAACUCAGUGCGUGUUGUCCUACGCCCUCGCACCAAACCCAUAGAUGGUGAGCUGGUGCUGAUCACCGGGUCAGGUGGAGGCCUGGGUCGUCUCUUUGCUCAGGAAUUCACCAAACAGGGGGCAGAGGUGGUGCUGUGGGACAUCAACAGCAGCUCCAAUGAGCAGACAGCCAAGCUGGUGCGGGAGAUGGGGGGUAAAGCGUACACCUACACGGUGGACGUGACCAACAGGGAGGAUGUGUAUCGAAACGCAGACCUGGUAAGGAAGGACCUGGGCCGGGACGUUACCAUACUGGUGAACAAUGCUGGAGUGGUUGCCGGGGAGCGCAUGUUAGACUGUCCUGAUGAGCUGAUGGAGAGGACCAUGAAGGUCAACUGCCACGCCCUCUUCUGGACAGUGAAGGCCUUCCUCCCUCAGAUGAAAGCUAACAAUCACGGACACAUCGUGACCAUCGCCAGCGUCCUUGGUCUUUUCAGCACAGCUUGUGUGGAGGAUUACUGUGCCAGUAAGUUUGCUGCAGUAGGCUUUCAUGAGUCGAUGGCCCACGAGCUGCUGGCUGACGAGAUCGAUGGAGUGAAGACGACUCUUGUGUGCCCCUACAUCGUCGACACGGGCAUGUUUGAAGGAUGCAAGAUCAGGGAUGAAGUGGAACUGUUCAUCCUCCCCCCUCUGGACCCCCAGUACUGUGUGGAGCAGGCCAUGAACGCCAUCCUGAUAGACCAACCAUUAGUGUGCAUCCCCCGCCUCACAUACCUGCCCUUCCUCAGCAGAGCAUUGUUGCCAUGGGAAUCCAAUGUGGUGACAUAUCGUUUCAUGGGGUCUGACAAGUGCAUGUACCCCUUCAUUGACACCAAGAAGAAACAAAUGUCUGCUGCCGCCAUUACGGUGUCAUAACCCGCUGGGACUAACUUUGAGAGUCACGAUCUUGAAAUUCAAUCAUAUGUAAUUUAAAGGGUUUAAAAAAAGAGAGAAAAAAAACACAUCCCUCCAGGACUCAGCAAGUUAUGAAUGAUACAAGGCAAAGAUAAGUUAAAAUAUGGGGAGCUUUAGACUAAGAGUCUGAUCAUACAGAAGUGUGUACUAGAUGACGACUCAGCCAAGUGUUCAUCAGAGCUAUAAAAAGAUUUCUGUAUGUUCAGACCAAAUCUAAUGUCUCCUCUAACUGUUUCCAUCAUCAUACUGUGAAAAAUAAAUAUAACAUAACUAAAUUUUCACAGUGAUUGAAUCCUGGAUGGGCCUAAAGGGGAAAUGGGUCUUUAUUAUGUGUUGCAUCAUCUAUGUCCCAGAUGUAUGCAUUAAUGUGUUAUGUUUACAUGGAAUAAAUGACUGAAAACAUUUCCAGGACCAA